GAGCGGGCGGCGUGCGAUGCAGCUCGAGAUGCCUGGAGCGGGCGAGCCGAGCCGGCGGGCGAGUGCUGGACACAAUGUGGUAUCCUGCUCAACCAGGCCAUCUGAGCAAACUUCAACAUGCUUCAGGCUACACAAGUCUUUCUGUCGUCACACCUUGCUGCUGCUGUUUUGGCUGUGCCCUGAUCUGCCUGCUGCCAGUCAUCACUUGAAACCAUCCCUGCCCCCAAUUGUGAAAGACAGCCCUUUUCUAGUGGCUUGGAAUGCACCAACAGCCCGAUGUUCAGCCUCCUAUGGGGUGCCUCUCAGCUUGGACUCCUAUAACAUCCUGGUGAAUUCUCAGGAAGCCUUUGUGGGUGGGAACAUCACCAUCUUCUACUAUGACCAGCUGGGCUUGUAUCCCUAUUACUUGAACUCAACUGUACCACCCACUGCUGUCAAUGGUGGCUGCCCUCAGAAUGCCAGCCUGACAGAGCACCUGGACAAGAUGGGAGCGGACAUUGCUGUGGCCAUGCCUUCAGAUGCUUUUGCAGGCCUCUCUGUGAUUGACUGGGAGAACUGGAGACCUCUGUGGAUACGAAACUGGGACAAGAAAAAUAUCUACCGGAACAUGUCUCUCCAGCUUGUAAAGCAAAGGAACCCAGGCUUGUCUGAGGACAAGGUAGAAAUGAAGGCCAGGUGGGAAUUUGAGACAGCUGCAAAAGAAUUAAUGACUGAGACUCUCCGGUUAGCCCGGUCUCUGCGUCCCAAUGGUUGGUGGGGCUACUACCUCUUUCCAGAGUGCUAUAACUACCACUACUUGGAUGACUUUGAGAGCUUCACUGGGCACUGCCCACCACUGGAGCUGCAGCGUAAUGAUGAGUUGAUGUGGCUUUGGGAGCACAGCAAGGCUCUCUACCCUUCAAUCUACAUGGAGGAAGUGCUGAGAAGCUCCAUGCAAGGGAAGAAGUUUGUAUGGGCCAAAGUAGGGGAGGCCCUGAGAGUGGCUGAGCUGCCUUCCUGCCGGCAUUCCCUUCCUGUCUUUGUAUACGCCAGACCAUUCUACACCUACACUCUGAAGGAGCUGACUCAGAUGGAUUUGGUGUAUACAAUCGGUCAGGCUGCUGCCAUGGGGGCUCAUGGCAUUGUACUCUGGGGAGAUGCAGACUAUUCUCGCAACCGGACCAAUUGCUUGAAGAUUCAAGAUUACCUGAUGAAUACCUUAGGCCCUUACAUUGUCAAUGUGACCAUGGCAACCAAACUUUGCAGCCAGUUUAUCUGCAAUAACCACGGCCGCUGCAUUCGCAAAAAGAUGGACUCUGAUACUUACCUGCACCUCAGUCCCCGGUCCUUCCAAAUCCAAGCAAACACAGAUGGCAGUCGUACCCAGGUGUCAGUUAUGGGGGCCUUAAGCCAUCAGCAGAAGGAUAAGAUGAGCCAGGAGUUCACAUGCCAUUGCUACCAAGGCUGGAAGGGUGAAAACUGCCAUUCUCGGGGGAAGGGCAUGAGCCUGUGGACAUGGGACUGGAGCAUUGGUGGGGUGGUUCUAGGGACAUUAUUGGUAUGGCGUUUGUGAGCCGUUUGGACCAGUUGUUUAUAAAUGUGAAUUUUGUGAAGCCAGUAGUGUGAAGUGAGUCCCGCUUCCCUUUACUAGGUGGAGAGAGGGGAUGUUGUUUGGUGGCAGAAGUAUUGCUAAGUGUUCCAGCUGUGUGACUUCCACAAAUUUCCCAGGAUAUCUUCUCCUUGUGGUGUCUCUCUGGAAAGUGAGGUCAUCUGGAUUUUCCCAGUUUCAUCCAUAACCUAUGCAGGAUUCCAUUCUCCCAAUACAUAAAGGAUUUUCAUUUAGUUUUAUAAGUAUCUUCACCAGCAUAGAAGCAGCUUUAAAAAUUCAACAUGGUGCACAUUCUCCUAAACUGUGACAAGAACAAUAGUUUUCUAAUACUCUGUUUUUAAAGAAAAAAUGUAAAUUUUAUCCAGUUAAGGUGUGAUAUUUAUAAUUUCGAAAUUGAUGCAUUCAUCUUUUACGAUGUAUUUAAGAUUAUUUAUACACAGAACAAAUCUUACCUACUUGAACCAUCUAGCUGUCCUUCAACUGUGAUGUUUUAAGUGUGUGUGUGUGUGUGUGUGUGUGUGAAUUACUUCACUAUGAAA